AUGGUCGAGAUGCUUUUACCGCGUGAGCAUGAGACGCCGUUCAAUAAGUCGCCGGUCAUACGGGCGCUGUCGAUGAUUCUCAUGAUUGUGACGAUGUUCUCUGUUUUCAUCCGGGUGCUUACACGGAUAUCUACCAUGAGAAGGUUGAGUUUUUCGAAGCUCUGCACUUCCGAUGAUAUACUCAUCUUUGUAUCGAUGAUCUUAAUUAUAGCACAGUCUACAGCUGUGUACUCACAGGGUGCCAAUGGCUUGGGGAGACUAGACGGCGUGUCAUCUGCCCAAGUUUCUUCGAUUUUGAAGGGUCAAUUCGUAUCCGAUAUCUUCUCUUUUCUCGCUCUAGCACUCUCGAAACUUUCCGCUACGACUACAAUAUGGAACAUGUCACCGUUGUCACACAAGAAAUUAUUGCCAAUUCAGAUCUUGAUCGGAGGCUGGGCAUUGUCUGCGAUUUUGGUCAGAGGAUUCGCAUGCUCUCUACCAAACACUUGGGAUUACAUCAAUGGCCAAUGCAUAGACCUGUCCGCAUUCUGGGCCUACGUCGACGCGGUCAAUAUUCUGACUGAUCUCAUAAUCACUGGAGUUACUAUCGAGAUUUUGGUCCACUUGCAGAUGCCGUUUGGCACAAAAGCAAUGGUUGUUGGUGUUUUUGGAUCUCGUAUCCUAAUGAUACCACCUGCUGUGUGUCACAUCAUCUACUUCAAGCGCGCGAUCGAAUCGUCAACCCCGAUAUUCGACAUGUGGAUGCCAACUGUCAUCGUCCAGGUCAUCCAGUGCGUCGGUGUCACAACCACCUGCAUACCAUUUUGGUGGCGUUUCCUGAAGAGCCUGGAAUCCGGGCAGAUGGGUCCAGGCGACUUAUUCGGGGCCAUGAGCAAAAGCAACAAUAGCAGAAGCGGCGGCACAACCCGAGGGACGAGGUCGAGGGGCGACACCACGGUAACGUCUUCUGUUGCACGUCGGACCCAAGCAUUCGAGUUGACGAGCAAACAAGGUUGGCAGGGAUCUGCGGAUGUGAAAAAGUAUGCCCACAUUGUGACAGAUCAUGGGAAGGGGACGUGGGAUGCGGCGCGGCAGAAUAGCCAGGAGGCCCUUGUCGAUCCUUCAACUCUUACUCCUGCAGGGGGUUAA